AUGGAAGAAUCCCUUCUUCGAAGGAAGACUAAAGUUUCUAGUAUUGAACUGAUACACAUAAAGAACGGAAGGAAGAAGCAAGCAUUGACUCGAGAGAUUCAGUCUUCAUUGCUCCGCAAAAGUGCUCAGCAAUCGACAGCUGCUUCCAACUCUCCACUGCUACGCAUUCACGAGCUCCUCCCCCCUGGAGGUGAUGAUAAGGCAAUGGUCAUCAGGACGCUAUGGUUCAAUCGAAAGGAGUAG